UUCGGGCUUUUCCCGCCCAUUACUCUGAGAACCAAUCAUCGAGCUUCGUUUCACACCUCAGACCAAUUAGCGAUCCCCAUUAGGCCCCCCUCCCCCACACCCCCGGGUGCGAGCCGAUCGCCAUGUUUCAAGGGCAGCGGGGUUGGUUCUGUGGCAGCGUCGGCCGAGAACUGAGGCAGUUCUGGGUGGCCGAAGGGGGCUCCAUCAAUGACCCAAAGGACGCCGACUUCUUGUUCAGCUGUGAUGCCUCCCACCCAGACACACUGAGAAUAUAUCAGAGCCUUGAUUACAUAGAAGAUAAUGCUACAGUUUUUCACGCCUACUAUCUCUCUGCAGUAGCUAAUGCUGAAAUGAAAAACUCGGUGGCUUUAGGUCAUUUCAUUCUUCCUCCUGCAUGCUUGCAAGAAGAAAUAAGAAGAAAACUUGGUAGUUUUAUUUGGGAACAAGACCAACAUAUUCAGAGAGAGAAGCAUGAUGAAGUAAUACCAAAUGAAAUAAAAGCCCUUAGGGAAAGCAGUGAACUAGCAACAGAUCAAGAAAAAGAAUUAUCCAAAAGCACAGAAAAGCAUUUUAUAAGGACUCCAGUUACAGAAAAGCAGAUGUACUUCCCUCUUCAGAAUUAUCCUGUGAACAACAUGGUAACAGGUUAUAUAUCAAUUGAUGCCAUGAAGAAAUUCCUUGGGGAGCUACAUGACUUUAUUCCUGGAAGCUCAGGAUAUUUGGCAUACCAUGUUCAAAAUGAAAUUAACAUGUCUGCUAUAAAAAACAAAUUGAAGAGAAAAUGUUAAGUUAAAUUUUCUUUAUAUCUAGGCAUUUAUUUUUUCUGAAAUUUUACCAAAGAUGUGCAUAAUUUUACAUUCUCCCCUUUGGGAGAGGGGAAUGGGGAAAUGGGGGAGAAUUCUGUUUCUUUCUCAAAAUGUGUCUUCCGGAAUUUCAGAGUCAUUCUGGCUCCAUGAUUUGACAUUUGAGCUGGAUUUUUCCCCCAGCUUGUAAUGUUAUGUCCACAAAUCCUGAGUAUGCAGUUGUUAUGGAGUAAUUGUCUUUAAAACACUUCACAAGAAGUCUCAGUCUGUCAGAUGGUCUUUCGGCUUUAACAUUCUAUUAAUUAUAUGUUUUUCUAGGUUCAGUGCUGUGAAUA